GGAUCGGCCGAUCUGAUCAAGACCCAGUGGGAGAAACGAGCUGGGUGGACACCUAAGCCCGUUUUGGCGAUCCAACUGGUCGAACACGAAAAAUUCGUGCGACCCAUCCAGCCAAGCAAACACAGUAAACUCGCUAGGUGAAUUGCAACACGUUGACGCUCCCUCUUGGAAUGCAGCUUUUUUUUCCCCACUGUCGGCCUCACUCUCAGACUCAUUCUCAAUACCAACUCAAAGUCUCAACUUUUUCAACUCUCAAAUCUCACCACAAAACAAAAUCGAAAAAUCCAUUCUCCAGUCUUCAUCAUCCAUCGGUUCUCCGUUCUCCUUCUCCACUCUUUAGUCCGGCAAAAAAGAAACCACAAGGAGUAGAUCGGCCAACAAAACAGCGUUCAUCAUCUUUCCACAUCAAGCAACAAAUCGGCAUUCGGCAGCAGCAGAUCGAUGUCUAAUAGGCAGCAACAGAUCUUUUUUGGAAAGAAUUUCCCUUCCUCCUCCACCAUGCCUUCGUUCACCGACCUUCACCCAGCGGUCUUCACCCACCGCCAUCAACCUUCACCGACCAUCUGAGGGGUGCUGUCGCAAAAUACUAUUUUCCUUCCUCCUCUAUAGUUAAUCACGCCUCUAUUUCUUCUAUCUGCCGGUAAGCUCAUUGGUUUUCAAUUUCUCAGUAAUUUGUUGCAUAAUUUUCAGAAAUCCUCAUAUUUUCUAGUUGGGUAAUGCCCCUGGAAUCUCAAUUUGUUGUAGAGUUUUCAAUUUAUUGUAGAUUUUCUAGUUGGGUAAUGCUCUUGGAAUCUUAACUUGUUGUAGAUUUUCAGCAAAUUCGUUGUAAAUUUGUUGCAGAAUUUUCAAUUUGUUGCUUCGCAAUUUGCUUCAGA